AAAAUUACCACCAGUAUCACGAGCCACGAGUUAACAGUAGCAGCCUCCUCCUGCAGCGUUGACGCCUCCUCCUACAGCGUUGACGCCUCCUCCUGCAGCGUUGACGCCUCCUCCUGCAGCGUUGACGCCUCCUCCUGUAGCGUUGACGCCUCCUCCUGCAGCGUUGACGCCCUCAUCUUUGUCGCCCUCUCCGCCAACGACCGUCGCCCCUCGACACACACACACACACUUCUAGCGAGUCUUCCCGUCACCCUCCACACACACAAACGUAUACUACACCACCGAGGCCACUAAGAAACGCAUCUAAGGGAAGUGUAAACGAUAAACAGUGAUUGGAGAAACAAAACAUAAGUGGUCAGCUUGAAAAAAAUUAGAUUUUGUGUUAUCUUCUCGAGUCCCUGGACCUCCUGUGUGAUUAUUUUUUUCUUGUGGAAUAUCGCAUAGAUAGUGUAGAGGAGGGCGUGAGGAGUGAAACAAGGGUGGUAAUUUUAGCCAACUGCGUCAGGAAAGCGAGCGAGCUGAAGUGUGGCUGUGUGGGAGACUCCCGCUCCAAGAUGGUCCUCGACUCCAAGUUUGGGAUGCGUUCGCCUGACAGAGACACCCAGAGCGGGCAGGCCAGGCUGGCGGUCAUUGGGAGCAAGGCUGUCGGCAAGACUGCCCUGACAGUGAGGUACUUGACCAAACGCUUCAUCGGAGAAUACCAGUCAGAUACCGACAUGAUAUACCGCGCCACCAUGCCAGUCGACGGCUGCAAGAUCGCUCUGGAGAUCCUGGACCUCUCCUCCAACCUGGAUGAGGUGGUGGUGCCGCGGGAGACGGUGGCGUGGGCGGAGGCGUGGCUAGUGGUGUACAGCAUCACGUCGUGGGAGUCCUUCCGCGUGGGCGUGCGGGCGGUGGAGGCGGUGACGGCGGCCUGCGGGGCUGACCAGCCCAACCCGCCCGUCCUCAUCAUGGCCAACAAGAAGGACCUGGAACACAUACGACAGGUGCCGGAAGCUGAGGGCAGGAAGCUGGCCGAUCAGUAUGGGUGCCGAUUUGUUGAGGUCUCUGCUGCGGAGAUGGUGCCCCAGGUGAACGACUCCAUCGACGGGCUCCUGCGUCAGGUGUCUCAGUUAAAGGGGCAGACGUCCCCACGCCUUCGCAAGCUGAGUGUCUCCAAGAUGUUCAAUCAACUCAUGAACUUGAGCAGUGGAAGCAGUGGCCAUCAGGAUCACCGCCCUGUCAUGCCUCGGGUUUCUCUCCGGGACCGAGCUAGAAAGCGAGGUCAUAUCCGCCAAAGCUGAGGGUCACCUCAUCUGAUGAAAUAGAAUAUUGUUUGGAGUGUUGGGGUUCUGCGAGCUCCGAACUCGAUCUUCAGAUUGGCUUCGACUGGCGUGCUUUUCUCUUCCUGAGCCGAUAAAAGGAAACGUGCUGAAUUUACCACUUGACCUGAGACAACAUGCAUCAGUACUUUGAAAUUUGGCUUGACCUGUGUUGUGAAUGUUAAGCAACGAGUUAAUCAGAAAGAAGCUUUUUUGGGUCUUGCAGACUUUGAACUUCUAUUAUAUUUAGAUUUUCAACUCUUUAGCCUCAGAAUGAGGAAAAGUAUUCUAAAAUAAAGUUCCAAAAUUAUAAAAGGCGAAGAUAUCGUAGAUGAGGUCACUGAGCCUCGAAGGGGCGGUCAGUCACUGGGCCUCGAAUGAAAGGUCUUUGGGCCUCGAAAAGGAAGAUCACUGGGCCUCGAAGGGGAGGUUACUGGGCCUCGAAUAGCAGGUUACUGGGCCUCGAAUGGGAGGACACUGAGCUUUGGAGGGGGGGUCACCACCGAGACUCUGGCGAUCAUUAAUAGGAAAUCCCAAUAUCGAUCAGAUAUAUAUGUCAUAUUCAGAUCCCAAAACAUUACUGCAUAAUAACUGACUGAUCUUCAUUUUCUUACUCACCUUGGAUUUUCUGAUCAGAUUUUCACUACACAUCGGUGAAGUUUCGGUGAAGGUUAAAAAAAUAUCUAGAUAAAUACAAGUGUCGGUACUGUUGUUCUCUCGCCCCAUCUUGCCAUUGGAAAUAGGGAUCAUCGAAAUUGCCAUGACAAUAUUAGAUUAUAUUAAAAGCCUGCGGCAUUCCAACGUCCAGAUGGACACGUUUACCCGCCUUCCCUCAAUGUUCAGCUAAAAAUACUUAAGAUAUUCAUACCCUCUCGAACUUGGUUUUCAUUUGGAGAAUCAGAUGUCUAUCUGGAGUAUGUCCCUUUCCGUGCUGUGCGCGGUUUGUUGGAAAUUUGGCCAAGGAGGACGAGAAAAUUUGGAAUGCAGAGGUGCCCUAUUUUUUGGGUCUCUUUGUUAGGAGCCUUACUAUAUUAAGACUUUUGCAUUGAUUUUGAUUGGUGGUCACCUUGCCUUCCCACACUCUUGGGCUUACUUUAAAAUGAACCAGACCCUUUAGUACCUCUAGCAGAAAGUCAAUAUCUUUUUUCUGGACCACAGUGCCUUGGUUACCUUCAGUACAUCACAUAAGCACUCUCGUGUUGUGUGGAGCUUUUGACUAAUUCUCCUUCUGGUUCCCAAAUCCGUAAUCAUUUCCAUGUUUUCUUUACUGACACCGCGCCUGAUGCGCCACAUUCUCCUUCACCACAGUGAGCGGUGGGGAGUGUCCCUCUCCUCACAUCCGUGCACGUCUCAGCUCAAUCUCCACACUCUAUUUUCCACUCCGUCCUUCCCUCUGUGUUUUGGCCCUUAUUCUGCGCUAGGUCGCAACUCAUGUCUACCUCUGUGACGCCACUAAUAUUGACCUCUGCAACCGUUUCUGACAUCGUAAACAUCAUUGUGACAACUGACUCCCUCCACCUUACGUUCUUCAAGUGUAGGACAGAUUCUUUCUCUUCCUUGUGAAAAAAUGAGGUUUAGAUUUCUGACUAUUCCGUUUCGUCCAAACUCGUUCCAGAAUCUAACAGCAUCUUUGAUACGCACCAAUACUGGUCACAAGCGCCCGUCCUGCGUUCACCUUCUUUCACAAUUAAAUUUCUCUGCAUGACCAAGAUCCCUUUCAUGACUAUCACAGGUUAUUCUUCAUUGCUUAUUUUACGUAUGCCACCAAAUCCUACUCAUUAUCGUAGUUAUGCCCUUCUAAUAUCACCUCAACAUUGUAAUUGUUAGGUCAAUUAGAACUACUGCUCUUUUAAUCAGAAACGAUGUUUCUCUUCUUCCCAAACAUUUUUUUUUCGAUAAUCAUUUUUACUGCUGCUCGUAUAUUUGUGACCAGAGAGUAUGCUCUCUUCUUGUUGUUGGGUAUUUAGCUGUUGACCUGCUAUCUUGGGUAUGUUGCUGUAGACAUGCUAUCUUGGGUAUGUUGCUGUAGACAUGCUAUCUUGGGUAUGUUGCUGUAGACAUGCCAUCUUGGGUAUGUUGCUGUAGACAUGCCAUCUUGGGUAUGUUGCUGUAGACAUGCCAUCUUGGGUAUGUUGCUGUUGACAUGCCAUCUUGGGCAUGUUGCUGUAGUCAUGCCAUCUUGGGUAUGUUGCUGUAGACAUGCCAUCUUGGGUAUGUUGCUGUAGACAUGCCAUCUUGGGCAUGUUGCUGUAGUCAUGCCAUCUUGGGUAUGUUGCUGUAGACAUGCCAUCUUGGAUAUGUUGCUGUAGACAUGCCAUCUUGGGCAUGUUGCUGUAGUCAUGUCUGUUUGGGUAAUUCUCUUACUAACAAAGCUGGGUACCCUGCCAUGUUAAUGUCAUCUCUACUGAACUUGUAAAAGCCGCUGCUAUGGUGGUAAUUCAUUCCUGUUUAACUUCUCGAAGAAGGUCUCCUUCAUUCAGAGUACAAUUUGAUCCUGUUAGCUAGAAAUUUUGUCAUAUAUUAAGGAUAACAAUCAAUAUACUAUUAAAUAUGACAAACCUUCAUGACCUACUUCCUGCAACAGCAAUAGACGGUGGGAAACAGCUCAUGCUAAGAUGCAUGUUUGCCAAGUCUUUCGUAUUGGUAUCUUCAGAGAUAUUUAUGACCUGUUGGGGAUCCCACUACACAGACGGUACUGAAUAACCUCCCCCAGCUUUGGGCCCUCUCGUGAUAAUUACUUCUCUAAUAUCGUGGCCAUCUUUUGGAACCCCUUUAUCUAUACCUUUGCUGAAUACUUGCGAGUUGACGCUUCUUACUAAGGUGGCCAUUCUCCCCGCAAUUUGUCCAUCUACCUGAACCAGGAUUAGCAGGUUCUUGAGACGACCUACCAAUUAACAGGGAUAAAUUCCCCAUGCUCUUAUCCUUCAAUUGUUUUCCCUCCCACUCUCGCUUUUCCCCAGAGGUAUUUUGAGAAAGGUAACUGGAAGCUCUUCAUCUUCGUGGUUAUGUUGCUGAUGAGCCGGUGUUAGUUAGGAAGGGAAGCAUCUGCAAGCCUUUUGAAUAUGAUAAGGUGCACACUGUGGGAUUUUUAGAACAUAAUCGGUGCCUCUUCAAUCUCAAAUUGGCUUUCGCAUGUGUGACGAAACAACUGAAAUUCUGGUAGAUUUGGAGGUUUAAAUUCUUAGCCCAAUUACCCAUAGAAAAGGUGUUGUGACCAUCCUAUUUAACCUAGACUAUCUGGAUCUGUAAAACAUUAGACCAAUUGCAUUCUUUUGGCUGCCUGGGCAGUUUACCAUGCUUCAUUCAAAUCUUUCUCCGAUUCAUAUGAUAAGUCAAAGACUAACUCUGCCUUUUGGGUAAGGUUAGAUUUGGAAUGAAUGAUAAUUCUUGCCCUCUUCAGAUAUCCAGGAAUCUAAGUUUGGCUGAAGAUGGAUAGUAAGCUAAUAUAAUUUUGUUCCUGGGAGCUGGUUUUCCAGGUGGAGUUGGGUGGAGGUUGUGGGGUGUGGAGUGGGGCUUGUAACAGGUGUGGAGGUGUGGAGUGUGGUGGUAGAGGUUGAGGCAGCCCGUCCUCCUAAGGUUUCCCAACGUCAAGAAACUGCCGUUCUAAAGUGCCCAUAUCCUAACGUACCAGAGGCCCAAAACAGAAAACGGGACAGUAUGUCAAUAUCGCGAGUCGCUACCAUUUACAAGUGCGACAAUUUUUGGCCUUAGGUAGAGUAUACGUCAAAAUGCUACGCUUUAUUAGGAGGACGGGUUGGUUGAGGUAUGGGGUAGGGGUUUUGCGGGGUUCAGUGGGGUAGUAGGAGUGGAGGAGUUGUUUCACGAAGCCAGGCAAAACAAGAAAGUACUAAUAAUAACAUUAAGAAAACGCAGUCCUCCCGGCUUGGCGCCUGCUUAGGAAAUAAUUGUUUACCUACUUAUGUAGAUCUGUUUAACAGCGCUCACAACAUUAAAGCGGCAGGAGUAGAAGCUGCUGACACUUUUCAAAUGUAUUAGUAUCAGGAAGACAGGUAAAGCAUUAAACCAUAAAUCUGUACUGUUUAUGAGUGGUAAUUGACUUACGAGUAUACGCUCCUUAACUACAUUGACAAGGAUUAGCUACAAAGUAUUCUUUUAAAGCAAAUUUACUAAUUUGUGCAUUUCUUCUCUUGCAUUUGUUAUGUAAAUAUUUCGCUUGUUUUCCUAAUAAAAAACACUUUGUGAUAUAUAAUUUUUGUCUUUCUAGACUUAAAUGUGGGUUUUGCUUUUAAUCUUUGCAUACCAUAUGCAUAUAUAGUGUCUUAAGAGAGAAAGGUUUGUCAAUAUUUACUUUGACAAAAACUUGUAGAUAACCAAAAAUAUUUAUGUACGAAGUUAUGUCUGAUGAUGAUUACAAAAUUCUGAAAUGCUCUGGAAGUAAUAAUUUAUACUCUCGAAGUAAUCAUUUAAAAUUCAUAAUUAGAAAAUACUCAAAUAAUUAAGGUACUGAAAAAACUGCACAGUUCUCAUACAUGCUCAUGUUAUGCAAUAUGUAUCUGCAACAUGUAUCUUUGUACCCCUUAGAAAGGGUAUAAUAUUCCCCUCAAUGGAUAUAACAUACCAUUUUCUAUAUAAUGACGUGUUUGUGUUCUCGCACAGAGGCUCUUAACUAAACUGUUAAUAUUAUUUUUGUUUAGAGGACUCCGCGGAUAUAUAUUUAAGGUGAAUUCGAAUGUUCCAAUUCUAUUAUGGAGGCGGACCUUUAUAUAUUAUAUUCAUUGUUAAUUAUAUUUGAAAAACUAUUAUAUGUACAGAUUAAUAAUAAACAUUUUGAUAAAA